AUGGACACCAAAAGGCUGCAAGUACCCGUCAUCGGGUUGCGCAGAUCCGGCAAGAGCUCCAUCCUCAACGUCGUCUACAACGAGCUUCACCCGGACGACACUGUCUUCCUCGAAUCCACCACAAAACCCAGCUUCAUCCUCUCUGAUAGCUUCCUGCCCAUCCGCAUCAUCGACACUCCCAGCCGUGUCCUUCUGGGUGAUGUCCGAUUGGAGAAAGGGAUCCCGCUCUCCACUGCUGCUGCCGGUCGUGCCGGUCCACCACCUCCUGUCCCGGCUCGAAAUGCUCCCACGCAUAGCCAGAACAUCGCCAGCGUAGCAUCCGGGUCAGUCUCGGCCGCAGCGGCUGCUGCAGGGGCGAUAGGCGUUGGACUCACACCCGAGCUUCUCCCAUGGACCGAAGUCUCGGCCGUCGUAUUCGUCAUCGAUUCGCAGGACGACUACUACGAGGCCCUUUCCAAGCUUCAAUCCAUCAUCCUAUCCGCCUUUGCAGAGAAUCAGACCAUCGAAUUUCACGUAUUUGUCCACAAGAUCGAUGGAUACUCCAACGACUAUCGCCAGGAUACGCUCUCGACGAUCCAGGGCAAAGUGCUCGAUGAUCUGGUGGACAGCAGUCCGAGCUUUAUCGCUCAACCGUGGUCGUAUCCUGAACCUUUGCCGGUCAAAGAAGCAGAUAAGAAGAACGGAAAGCACAGGAGUAGGAGCAAGAGCAAGGAAUUCAGCUUCUCGAGAUCGCCAGCCGCAGGCGGGAAUAGCAGUUCGGGUGGUGGGGGGUACGAUGCGAGCGCGUCGGAGUUCUCGAGCUUCUCAGCGGGUGGGCAUCGGUCGGAUGUGGCACCCGAACCGGGUCAGAUCAACCUAGAUCAGGCGGUGAGGUUGCAUUGCCACGCAACGUCGAUCUACGAUACGAGCGUGUUUGUAGCCAUCAGCAAGGUGCAGCAGAGUCUGGCGCACAAGGUCAAGCCGGAAGAACCGAUGGAUGCGGAGCCGACGAAUGGAGCGACGCAGGCGGCGUCCGCUGCGGAUGGCGAUAAGCCGACGCGUCCAGCAGCAGUUGCGACGACACUACGACGCAGCCUGUCGCUGGCAGAGUCGAUGGAGCAGGUGUGCGAUUCGAUCUGUGCGACGUGUCGCUUCGAGAAUGCGUUCCUGUUUGAUCUGCCGACGAGGACGUACAUCGGAUCGGACUCUGCGCCGUUCGACGCGGCUUCGUUCGACCUGGUGUUCGACUAUGCGGGAUUCCUCGGCAAGUUCGCCGGUUUGUACGCGGGAGUAUCGAACGACUCUGCGACAGCGGCUCCAUCGCAAGCGGCGACUCCUGCAGCAAGUGGAUCGAGUUCGGCGUUCCAGCUGUCCACAUCGCCCUCUUCCGCACGCCGAUUCCUGCUCGGGCGUAUGUCGAAGGAAAGCAAGGCGAACACGGUCGACGCUUCACCGAGCGUCGCUGGCAAGUCGUCCGCAGGGGGCCCGGUGCAGAGGUGGGCUAGUUCGGUGACGAGGCUGCAGCCGGAUAGGUCGUUGUGCUUCUGGCAGCUGAAUCAUCGGUUGGCGUUGAUAGCGCUGAUCCAAUCGGACGUGCAUGCCAAGCAGACCGGGCUGAUUGAUUAUAAUGUGACGUUCUUCAGGAGGGCGGUUCAGGGGUUGUACGGUCUAGCUCAGACCAGCACUUGA